GGAGGUGGGGUGUGCUGGAGGGCUGAUCCAGCUCCACAGCAUUCAGGGGGAACUUAAGCUCUUCUCCAGAUGUGCGUUACUGGGACAGCUGGACGUGGGGUUGAAGUCUGAAGGCCAGACCUACACCUCCGUCACUUCGGGUCCAAGGACCGGGUGAGCGCGCCCCGAAGCCCACGGUCUCUGGGUCUCCUGGAUGAUAGGGAAAGUGAAAAAUUAAGUGACGCUGCUGGGGGCCACCGUCAUUCUCCUCCAAACUGCCAGGUCAGAUGAUGUCGUGAGACUGAACGAACAAUGACUCUGCCGGGUGUCCCUGCCCUCUGGGCUGUAGUGGUGCUGGUUUCGCUGCUGGCCAUGUCCACGUCCCUUGCACGGUCCACCUGCCCCAAGUCCUGCAGCUGCCCCAGCCCCCGGGAAGUGCACUGUACCUUCCGCCACCUGAAGUCUGCUCCAUCCAGCCUGCCCGAUGAUACAGAGCGUGUGAACCUGGGCUACAACAGCAUCCAGCAGUUGGGCACCUCUGACUUUGCCAGGCUCCAACGGCUGGAGAUGCUCAUGCUCCACGGGAAUGACAUCACAACCAUAUCUCCGGGAGCAUUUUACAAUCUUCGCUCACUGCAGAUUCUGAAACUGAGUUACAACAAGUUGAAGCGGCUUGACCCCAGCAUGUUCCAGGGGCUGCAGGGCCUGGUGCGACUCUACCUGGACCACAAUGCUAUCAGCUUCAUCGAGCCUUUCACCUUCAGUGGACUGAUGUCGCUCAGGCUCCUACAGAUGGAGGGCAACCAGCUGAGGGAGCUGCACCCCCACACCUUCAUUACCAUUUCUGUCUCGGGAUGCUUCUGGGGCUCCAGCCUUCGCCACCUGCAUCUGGCUGACAACCGCUUGGAGCACCUACGGCCAGGCACCCUGCAACACCUGGACAGGCUUGAGGUGCUCUCCCUGCACGGCAACCCCUGGGCUUGCGACUGCCACCUGCACUGGCUCCAGGAUUGGAACAAGAAGAAAGAGGGGGUGAUAAAAUGCAAAAAGGAGCGUAAUUCUGGCCCAGCAGAGAGCUGUGCCGCCUGUGCCACACCUCAGCACCUCUAUGGCAGCCAAAUCUUCCACAUGUCCCCGGAACAGCUCCUGUGUGAGAGGCCAAUGCUGAGCUCACCGCUGAAACUGAGGGACAGCACCAUCUGGGAGGACUCAGAGCCUGACCUCCCAUACACCAAGGAUCUGGAGCCCCCACUUGGACACCUUACCUUCAUGCUAUCCGACAGCCACGGCAACCAAGCCCAUGUCAGCUGCGUGGUAAGCCGCCCCAGCGACGGCAGUUCUGUCACUUGGGAAAACCUGAAGACACCAGGACAGGUGGUGGUCAACGUGACUCUGGUUAGCCACCUAGAGUGUGAGAUUGACCGAGAUGAGCUGCAGAAGCUCUGGAGGCUGGUGGCCUAUUAUUACGAGAGCCCAGCAAUUCUGGAGAGGGGUCCUCGACAGAACAACACCACGUUUCAGUAUUCCCAGACAGCAAACGAGGAGUCCCCUUACUUCACGGAGCUGAAGGGGCAACUGAUGGCAGAGCCAGAAUGGCUGCUGCAGCCGAGGGUCACCCUUCAGCUGAACAGACGUAGGACAACGACGAAAAAACUGGUCCUGAAUUUUUCUGCUUUCAUCUCAAAGCAAAUUGAUAGCUGGGAAGAGAAAGAAGCCAGCAGGUACUCCUGGGCCAUGAUACAAAGAGCAGGACCUGGCAGGAUACAGGCUGUUCUGGAAGGUUCUGAUGCCAGGCUCGAAUGCAAGGUGAUUGGUUCAGGAGGAGAAAAGAUAGAAUGGAUGCUCCCUGAUUUGUCCCUCCUGAACAAUUCCCAUCCACGACUGAUGUCCUAUGAGAGUGGAAUACUGGUUAUAAACAAAGUUACACUAUCUGAUUCUGGACUGUACCACUGCCUCUUGCGGACAGACAAUGACAUUGAUGUUGUGUCCUUCAGGCUAACAGUGAGGGAGCUCCUUCUCAGUCCUGAGUCUCUGAAUGGUCAAGUGAUGUCUGUGGAGAGUGGAAAACCACUCUUGCUUCCUUGCUCUGUGUCCUCAGUUCAGCCCAUGGAAAUCAUCUGGUACCUUCCCAGAAAUCAAAUCUUGAAGCCCUUACCUCCAAAUGGCAGGACCUAUGUAUUGUCAAAUGGCACUCUGGUCAUAAGUAAGGCCUCUCAUGAGGAUGCUGGGGAGUACAGUUGCCUGGCAUCUAACCUCUACGGGGUCGACAUGCUGUCCCACCUUGUAGUGAUCACAGGUGAUAAAGAUUCAGAACCACUAAAUGGUUCAGGUGUGGUGGCAGAGGAGCUGCCAGGAGGAACUCCUAUGAAGGUUGUAAAACCAUCAAUGGAGGACCCUGAAAAUGAAGGGUCUGGUUUUCAAGAGCUAAAGCGUUCAGUUCCCACGAAGACACCACAUACGACCAGCGGACGGCUUCACAGCUCCAACAGGAAUCUGAGCCAAGGAAAUAAAGGGACAAAGGUCAAGGAAGCGAAGAGGAAACUGAACAAGUCUGUUAAAGAGCUUGACCCUCAUCGCUGGGCUCAGAUUCUGGCUAAAGCUCACUCCAAAGGCCAAAAGGUGUACCCAACCACAUCUAUUGCUUUUGGAAAAAUUACACCAGCAAAUAGACCAACACCUGUACUUGCAACUCCCACACCAACCCCUACUACCACCAGUACUACUCCUCCACACACCGAUAGUGUCACUAUCACUACAUUUGAUUACAACGAACCGAAAGGACUCUCAACUUCAUCACCUAUUUACCAUGACAGUAGCGUAUCCAAUUAUCCUAAACCUCAGUUGAACGUCACCUCUUUCACAGUUUCCGAUACUGGCAGGAAUCAAGUAGCUACUCCAAGCCUACAACUGCACACACAGACUGAACAAUCGUUGGACAAGCGUCUGAUGAAGGACAGAGUGAAAUCUAACAAUAACGCACUAGAGGGACAUCGAAGGAGGCCCCCAUUCAGACGCAGAAGACCUCCACAUCGAAGGAUUCAGCUAAUCAAUUCCACCCAGAAUCCCUCAAUCCUCUCUGUGAGUAACUCAGAGGCCACCACAAGUCAACAAACUUCAACAAACACAAAAUCACAGGCAUCACCUGCUUUAAAAAAUGCUGACAAGUCAAGUGUAAACACAGAACUCUUAGCUGAAGCAGCACUUCCUAAAGGACCUACAGUUAUAGAUGGUUCGAAAAAACAGGACGAAGUACCUUCCCACAGUCAUUUUUCUUCUGUAACAGUGGAGCUUGGUCUCUAUCAACCACAAACCCCAUUACCUACGGUGGCGACCUGGCAGAGACCAUUACAACCUACUUCAUCAAACAUAAUGAUUACACCACUAUUAGACCACAGGCUGCCCAUCUCCCAGUUACCUGAGCAGGAGAAGGAAACAGGAAACGAAAACAUUGACAUUACUGUACCGCCAUUUGAGCCAGAUGAACAUAAAUCAGCAUGGAUAACAACUACAAAAAACACACCUGUUCAGUUUAACCAUAGCAGAAACAUCAAACCACCACUGGAAUACAUCAAAUUCAGUACACCUUCAGAUAAAACCACCGGACCAUUUUUGACUGACGUCUAUUCAGAAGGAGAGGAAGUUCACAGAAAAACUGUCCCUCCAAUCACUACAGUCCAAAACUCAGCUCAGAAACAUUUACCAAAUGAAGCCAAAGACAUCAGGCAGAGAUUAAAUUCAAGCUCUAGGGAUCCAGCUGAGGAACACAGGAAUAAAGAUUCUUUCCUUGGGAUAAAUGGAUGGAAAGAUGAUUCCUCAAGAUCUAAAUCCAAGAGCUCUCAUUCCCCAGUCGUUCCCGUAGACCACCCCUGGCUCAGGACAAAGCACACUCAUAAACAUGUGCAGAUCCCAAACACGCAGCCCCCCUCUACAGCCACCUUUUCCUGGGGACACUCCAAUCGGUUUCCCAUACGGCCCUCUAUUCAUAGUUCGAGACAUCAUCCCUCAUCGCCAUACCGACCCUGGCAUUCUCAGAGCGCAGCAGUCACAAACCGACCAGAAAUCACAGCACUGACUGUCAAAGCAACUGCCUUACCAUUCGCAUCACCCCCAGCAUUGAUUCCACAACCGCCUCUGAACAAUUCUGUCAGUAGAACCAGAGACCACUUGUUGCUCACCAGACUCAGAAACAGGUAUAGACAGUCGCAACUUGACGCCUAUCGCCUUUCACAGUUAGGGAAGACCAUUAUGCUGAAGCCCAGAACUAAUUCUCCUACUCCAAAGCCACAUGAGGCUCCCAAGACCCAAAAGAGUUUUGCUCCAGUGACUCCCACACCCUUUCCUUGGGAGGGAUACAGGCAGCACUCCACAGCAAGCAUUUUGUACGGCAGCCGAUGGCACUACAGCCAUUGGGGGCCCAGGAGGCUGAGCACAGCGUUGCCCUUUCCUCACCUGAUGGGCAGUGGAACAAAGCCAAGGAUCAUCUCCACAAGCGCCGUCAGUGUGUCCACCCUGGCAGAGGCAGAUGUGAUCCUGCCCUGUAAGUCCUUGGGUCAGCCAGAGCCUGUGCUCUCCUGGACCAAAGUCUCCACAGGUGCCACCAUUCAAGCUAACACCAAGCACGGGCAGAGGUUUGAAGUUCUCAGCAACGGCACGUUCGUGAUAAGGAACGUUCAGCUGCAGGACAGAGGGCAGUACCUCUGCACGGCACAGAAUAAAUUUGGAACCGAUCGGAUGGUCGUCACCCUUGCCGUGCUGACCCAGACUCCAAAGAUCAUGCACCCAAAUUUCAAAGACUUUUCCGUGUAUCUGGGACGACCGAUCACCCUAGACUGUGUUGCGGUGGGAAAACCCCAGGCUCAGGUAUCCUGGAUCCUUCCAGAUAGGACGUUCUUGCGCGACGUGUGGCAUCAGAACACAGGACUGCCCGGCUUGGGGCCUCCCGGUUCAGCAGCCGUGCAGCUCCUGUCUAACGGCACCCUAAGGAUCCAGGCUGCCAACUUCUCGAGCAAAGGAAACUACAAGUGCAUCGCCAGCAACGCGGCAGGUGCCGAUACACUCACCUACAACAUAAAUGUUGCUGCCCUGCCUCCGGCUAUCGAGGAGGAGGCCUCAGAGAGCACGGUAUUGCAGACGGGUGGCAAUAUCUACCUGCACUGCACAGCCAAGGGAGAGCCCCCUCCAACUCUGAAGUGGAGUCUCCCCAAAGGGAUUCAAAUUAAGCCCUCUCAGGUCCUCGGUGGGCGCCUUUUUGUCUUCCCCAAUGGGACACUAUACAUGACGAGCACCACGUCCAGCGAUUCUGGGAGAUACGAAUGCUCUGCUGUCAACGCGGUUGGCAUGGCAAAGAGGGUCGUACAGCUGGACAUCGUGCAGGGGGCUUUUAGUCCCCGGCAGCACCAGGUCAAGGCCAUGUAUGGCUCCACGGUCUAUCUGCACUGCCCAGAGUCUAUGAAGAGCCCACGUGGUGCACUCUGGACACUCCCCUCCAAAAUCUUGCUGGAUUCUCGCUACAGCCCUGAGAGACCCGUUACUGUCUUCCCCAAUGGGACUCUUCGGAUCCAUCAGCUGACAGCAAAGGACGGAGGCAGUUAUCGCUGUAUGUUCCAGAGAGCCAACGGGGAGGACAUGGAGCUCUUUCAAGUGGAGGUCCUCAUGAAGCCACCAAAGAUUGAAAAUUUGGAAACAGCCUCAAAGAAGGUUGUGUAUGGCGCCAACUUCCAGGUGGACUGCGUGGCCUCGGGUCUGCCGGACCCAGAGGUCUCCUGGAGUCUGCCAGAUGGCACCACAAUCGGCAAUGCCCUGCAGUCAGAUGACAGCGGUGUCCGCUCCCGCCGCUACGUCAUUUUUGGAAAUGGUACUCUCCUGCUGCGACAGAUGGAGAAGGCAGAUGAGGGCAACUACACGUGCUAUGCCAAGAAUGAGCUUGGAGAAGAUGAAAUGAGGGUUAACGUCAGGGUGGUCCAAGACUCCCUCAGGAUCUUAUCCAAGAACCAGGUGUCUGUCAAGGGUCGCCUUGGGGAGCCAGCCUACAUGAAGUGUGAUACCAGUGGUGAUCUUCCACCUACGAUUAUAUGGCUCUCACCAAACAAUAAUGUUAUCGCCUCUUCAUCCAACAGAUACCAAAUCUUAGAAGACGGGACUCUGGUAAUUAGGAAGGUGGGUGUUGAUGACCAAGGAAAAUAUGCCUGUGUGUCCAGAAACUCAGCAGGAGAUGAAAUAAAAAAUGUGAAACUGGAAGUGGAGGCGCAAGAGCCGCAGAUUGGUGGUAAAGGAGGAAAAACCAGCAUGAAAGUUCUGGCAGUGUCUUACCAGACAAAACUGCUACACUGCAAAGCCGAGGGCAUGCCCAAUCCACGAAUCACCUGGACUACCCCUCAGGGGAUCUCAAUGCUGGCACCCUACCAUGGAGGAAGAUUCCAGGUGCACCAGAACGGAAGCUUGGAGCUGCGGGGCCUGAGGAAGACAGAUGAAGGUCGAUUUGUGUGCCAAGCAAAAAAUGACCUGGGGGAGGCAAGUCUGGAGAUGGAGUUGGAAGUGGCAUCGCUUGCUGAAAAGCCCAGCUUUGCUAUGCCCAACAUUGAGGUUUUGCCCCUCAAGGUAGAUGCACAUGAAAUCACUCUGGAGUGUCUUGCUCGUGGAAAGCCAAUGCCAGAAUUUGUGUGGUUGCUCCCCAAUGGCACAGUCCUGAACCCAGGAGACAGGCUUGAACGAUUCCUGCACCAUCCUAGCAAUGGCACACUGCGCAUACUACGUCCAGUCAUGGGCGACAAAGGUGCGUAUCGCUGCCUGGCCAAAAAUGUAGCCGGACAAGGCGAGAAACGUUAUUCUCUUGAGCCAGGAAAGAAGCCUCAGAUUCGAGGAGCUCCAGGACCCAUGAAGAUCUCUUUUGGGCAGAACCUACGCCUGCCUUGUCUGGUCGAUGCCUGGCCCCAGGCUACCAUAACCUGGACUCUCCCCAGUGGCUUAACCCUCAACAAACCUCAGGUCAUUGGUAAAGUUACCUACUUAUCCAAUGGUACACUCCAGGUGAAAGAUACCACCAUGUUUGAUCGAGGUACCUAUAGCUGCAAAGUCACCAACACAUUUGGCUCAUCGGUUCUGUCGUACCCAGUAGCAGUGAUGGUUUACCCACCACGCAUCACAAGUGCACCCCCCUCCAUAACACGGGUGGCCAGGGGAUCGCCCGUAACACUUACCUGCACUGCUACCGGCACCCCCAAACCCGAAAUCUCCUGGACUCUGCCAGGACGAACAACACUCGUUCCCAGUAACCGGUUCGCCACACAGGGCAGCAUCCAUAUGACCAUGGAAGGGAACCUUGUGAUUCAAAACCCGGUGCUCAUGAACUCAGGGAUUUACAAAUGCAACGCAAAGAACGCACUGGGUACAGACUUCAAAGCGACAUACCUGCAAGUUAUAUGAGUCACUGGGCCUUAAUCGACCUUGCAAAGAGAUCACAAGGGGAAUUUAAUCCACUGGAAGAGGAGCAUGAUACGUGCAGUGCAUCCAGAAUGUAACCAUAAACCGUUACGUGAACUUUUGUAAAACUUGGCAGGUUCUGUCAAAAGGGAACUUGUGCUUCAUAGUUGGGGUACUGAGGUUCCUGUAACUUCAAGAAAUCUGACAGCCAACAUCACAGAGCUCUGCAGUGA